AUGUCUUCCAUAACUAGGGCAAAGAAGGAGAAACCGUCGGAACCACCGUCUCUUCCAGAAGACGUCAUCUUUGACAUCACAGCGCGUGUAUCAAGAUGCGACUAUCCGACACUCUCCCUUGUAUCUAAGCACUUCAAGUCACUUGUUAGGUCGCCUGAGCUAUACGCUAGACGAUCCUUGUUGGGCUGCGGUGAACACUGUCUCUAUGCUGUCCACUACAGCAUAGAAACUAAUUGUCAACGUUUGUACAUGCUCCGCCGGAAAACCAAUGGAAAUCAUUGCUUGGUUCAUAUCCCUUCCCUUCCUGCUAUGCGUCGCAAUGGAAGGUAUGUCGCGGUGGGCUCGAAGAUAUAUGUGUUUGGUCAGAUUUAUGAGUAUGGUGAUUUCAAUAUGACACCGAUUGCCUUAAGCUUCGAUUGUAGAUCUCACAUGGUGCAACCCCUCCCGAGCAUGCCUAUAGUCUUGAACUUGACUAAAGCCGCUGUCUUCAUCGAUGGGAAGAUAUAUGUAAUCGGAUAUUGCGAUAAUGACUCCAAGAAGGCUAUGAUGGUGGUGUUCAAUACAGAAACACAAAUGUGGGAGAAAGAUAAAAUAAAGCUAUGUGACACGCGGCCUAAUGAUGUGGUGAUGAUGGGUGAUAAGAUGUACAUAAGAGAUUAUGGUGACACCUUUGUUUACGAGCCAACGGAAAGUAUAUGUGAAAGGGAAGAUAUGCUGAAUCUUGCCAUGUGUAGGAAUGCGUGUGUGGUCGAUGACGUAUUGUACUAUCACGAUUGCGUUAAGAAUAAGUUUAGAAUGUAUGAUCCAAAGAAGAGGUGUUGGGGAGUGGUGAAUGGUUUGGAACAAUUGUUGGCUAAGACGAUAUUGUCAAGGUGGUCAGAGACUGUGGGUUGCGGUGUGAAACUGACUUUGUUUUUUAGUAUAGUAAAAUCUGGUUUAAUAACAGGUCAGAUUUGGUGUGUGGAGAUUUCGUUGGAAAGACGUCACGAAGAGGAGAUUUGGGGUAAAGUUGAGUGGUGCGAUCAGAUUAUGAUUCCUGGGAAUUCCUACAUAACAAAAUCUCUAGCUGUUAUGCUUUGA